AUGAACUAUGCGCUAGUGUCGCGACAUUGGUUCGAGCAGGCGAUGCGCUGCAUCAAUGCCAUCAUCGAUCCGAUGGCGUUUGAGCGGCGUCUGUGCGAUGACACAUCAUCAUCCUUUCAGCGAAGCGUGUCCCACACCGUCUUCCCUUGGUCCAAUGCCACCGAGCUCCACAACAAGCUGUCGUAUCUGACCAACACUACCCAGGGCCUCCCCGUGUCCAUCGCCAUCAAGGCGAAUGCCCUCUCACAGUUCAUCGAUCAUCUUGUUGCCAAUGAUCAUCUUCGAAUCACUCAGCUCGCGACCACCAAGUUACAACCCAACAUCAUCGACCAUGCUAGUCUCGCCACGGUCACUUCGCUCGUUGUCGAUCCUUCCCUUUUUCGCUGUGAGAAGGCCACUCUUAGAUACCAGUCACAUUGGUUGGCAGGCCUGCUCACGUCGAUGCCGCAACUGACCUCGAUCGACAGCCGUUUCGAACCUCUCGACGCAUCAUCACUUCUGGUGGCAUUCGGCUCAACGUCGCUCCAAGUGCUUAAGGUGUGGCUGCCAAUGGACUGCAAUAUGCCGCGGUAUUGGUCACAUGACGACCAGGACAAUGACAGGAGAGUGGAACACCUAUUCGACCAGCUGGCGGCAAACCGCUCACUGCGAACGCUGUCAUUGACAGCGGUUCAACACGAGCCCGAUGAUGAGCCAAUGUAUCCAGACGUCGAGGAGCACAGCCAAGCUCACUUUGCCCACUGCCUCACCAACGCACUCAAAAACAACGUAUCAUUGCGAAAGCUUGUUCUGUCUGGCCACUGCUCAGCUAUUUACAAAAAGACCGUGUUGGAUGGUGUCUUGCACAGCAGCACCAUCACAUCGCUGUCCCUGGUCAACUAUGCACUUGGCAACCCCGACACACUCGCCUUUCUCUGUCAGACACUCAUUGCCAGGAAGGGCGUCAACAGCAGCGGUUUUCUCACGCUGGACAUCUCUAACAAUGGAUUCAGGGGUCCACAGUGUUCUCAGUUGAUUGGCAGCCUCAUCACGUCUGUCCGACUCGUGCGGAGACUCAAGAUGAUAUUGAACCCUUUCAGUAUGGAGGACUACCAGUCGAUUCUCCACUCAGUCCAGGCAGCAAGCGACUCGCUUGAGUACCUCCACAUCGACCCGCCGUCUACCAGCACCGGACUUUCGUCCGAGAACGCACCCUCUUUCAUUGGCAAGGUUGCCAUACUCGGCUGCAACGAGUGGUAUACCGAAACAGAAUGGUAUGGAAAGUACAAAUACCCAGAGCGCCUGUUCAGCUGGUGA